CGGGGCGGAGGAAGAAGAGCGCUGGCGCAGUAGCUUUCCGGCCAGCGGCCGGGCCUUUGGGCCGGCCGCGGCCGCUUCACGCAGACCGCGCAGGUGUCGCGGGGACCGCGGCCGGCCCUUUCGUCGCAGCCCGUCACCAUCGGCCUGGACUGGCCGCGCCGGGGCAGAAAUGCCGCCGGCCGGCCGGUGCCUGCUUUGGCUUGGCCUUGUCCUGGCCUCCGCCCACGCCUCCCUGGAGUCCGCGGCGCCCGGCGACUCGACCACAGGUCCUCUGAAUGUCCUUCUAAUCAUCGUGGAUGACCUGCGCCCCUCUCUGGGCUGUUAUGGGGACAAGCUCGUAAGGUCCCCAAACAUUGACCAACUGUCAUCCCACAGCCUCCUCUUCCAGAAUGCCUUUGCCCAGCAAGCAGUGUGUGCUCCAAGCCGCGUAUCCUUCCUGACUGGGAGGAGACCAGACACCACCCACCUGUAUGACUUCAAUUCCUACUGGAGGAUACAUGCUGGAAACUUCUCUACCAUCCCCCAGUACUUCAAGGAGAAUGGUUACAUGACCAUGUCGGUUGGAAAAGUCUUUCACCCUGGAAUAUCUUCCAAUUAUAGUGAUGAUUCUCCAUAUAGCUGGUCUAUUCCACCUUAUCAUCCCUCCUCUGAAAAGUAUGAAAACACCAAGACAUGCAGGGGGCCAGACGGAGAACUCCAUGCCAACCUGCUUUGUCCCGUGGAUGUGGUGGAUGUGCCAGAGGGCACCUUGCCUGACAAACAGAGCACCGAGCAAGCUAUACGGUUGUUGGAAAAGAUGAAAACAUCGGCCAGUCCUUUCUUCCUGGCUGUUGGGUAUCAUAAGCCGCACAUCCCCUUCAGAUAUCCCAAGGAAUUUCAGAAGCUGUAUCCCUUGGAGAACAUCACCCUGGCUCCUGAUCCCCAGGUCCCUGACGGCCUCCCUUCUGUGGCCUACAACCCCUGGAUGGACAUCAGGCAGCGGGAAGACGUCCAAGCCUUGAACCUCAGUGUGCCCUAUGGCCCAAUUCCUGUGGAUUUUCAGCGGAAAAUCCGCCAGAGCUACUUUGCCUCUGUUUCAUAUUUGGAUACGCAGGUUGGCCGCCUUUUGAGUGCUUUGGAUGAUCUCCAGCUGGCCAACAGCACAAUCAUUGCAUUUGCCUCAGAUCAUGGGUGGGCUCUAGGUGAACACGGAGAGUGGGCCAAAUAUAGCAACUUUGACGUCGCGACCCGCGUGCCCCUGAUGUUCUAUGUUCCCGGAAGGACGGCCCCACUUCCGGCGGCAGGAGAGAAGCUUUUCCCUUACAUCGACCCUUUUGAUUCUGUAUUGGAAUUGAUGGAGCCAGGCCGGCGAGUCAUGGACCUGGUGGAACUUCUCUCUCUAUUCCCCACCCUCGUGGGACUUGCUGGCCUGCACGUCCCACCUCGCUGUCCUGUUCCUUCAUUUCGUGUGCAGCUGUGCCGAGAAGGCCAGAACCUCAGGAAGCAUUUUCGACUCCAGGACCUGGAAGAGGACCCACACCUUCGUGAUAAUCCCCGUGAGUCUAUUGCCUAUAGCCAGUACCCCCGGCCCGCAGACUAUCCUCAGUGGAAUUCCGACAAGCCGAGCUUAAAGGAUAUAAAAGUCAUGGGCUAUUCCAUACGCACGGUAGACUAUAGGUACACUGUGUGGGUUGGCUUCGAUCCCCAUGAAUUCCUGGCUAACUUUUCUGAUGUCCAUGCGGGGGAACUGUAUUUUGUUGAUUCUGACCCUUUGCAGGACCACAACAUGUAUAAUGACUCUCAAGGCAGAGACCUUCUCCAAUCAUUGAUGCCUUGAGUCUUGCCAAGCACGGAGGAGGGCGUACGGAAUGUGCUCCCUUCCAGGUGGGGGGAGGAGGACUUAGAGAUGGUUAUUUGGUGGUUACCCACAAUAUCGGAAGCAAUCAAAGCAUGCAUUAACAGUUUGGCCUAAGAAUCUGCAACAGCCCAGCCCUUUGAUUCUUUAUUAAUUUAAGUCUUCAUUUCUACAUGGUCAUUGAACUGAACCAUUCUUUCCCAGUUUAAAGAAUCAUAGCUUAUUUAUUGAAUGGAUAAGUGUAAAGUGAGCAAAUAAAAAUCGCCAUUCUUUUAGUCGAGAAGACCAUAAUAACCAUGACAUUAUAGUCAAGAAAUACUGGAAUUAUUUGCAGAAUUUAGUGCAUUUCAAAAAGUAACCAUACAUCACAUUCUGUUUAACACUAAGUUACUAGUUGUUUCUUCUAUAAUUUAAUAAUUUAUUUAGCCCAAUAUGUUCAAAAUAUUAUGUCAGUAUUUCAGGUUUCUUUCUAAAAUGUUAAAUAGUAAUGCCAGAUGCGUUUAAGUCUUAUCUUUAAUUUUUGUUCUUAAGAUUGCAAAUUUUCAAAAUCCAAAGAUAAAAUAGGCAUGAAGUGAUUAAUGUGGAAUUUCUACAUCAAAUAAUAUGUAAUGCAAACCAGAGGCAUGAAAUGUAUGGAAAAUUCAGUUAAAAACGUUCAGAGACAUCUGGCCCAAGUAAUAAUUUGUUAGCAAGUAAUAGGACCCUUGACCUCAGAGAUCACGUAUUGAAAGGCACUGUUAUUCUCACUGGAAAAGAUUUAAGGCGUAACUGUAUACACGAAUUGAGUCACUCAAAACUGUUAAGUGUUCCCCUUCUUCAGGAAUGGUUGGUUGCAGAUAUCCACUUAUCCAGGAGGCCAGAAAUAUUUGAUUUUUAAUUUCUGAUUAAAGACAAUUUUGUUAAAUUGUAAAUUAUUUUUAGAAUUGUCAAAACUUCAUUAGUAUAUUAGGUGAUUUCUAAUCCCCCAGAAAGUAGUCCUGUAUUCCCUGAACAUGAAAGUCAUGAGAAGGCAGGUGGGAGAAGUAAGCAACUCCGGUUAAUAUGGUGGCAGCUGAUCAGUUGUAAGUAGUCAUCAGAGGAGUCAAGCGCAUUGUAAAUCAGCAUCUUGUGUAGUCCUGUAUCAAAACGAGUCAUUUCUAGUAAUUCUCUCUUUAUAAGUGCAUCAGUGCUUCAAGGUAAAUGCUUGUGAAACAGACUUCAGCAAAUUAGAUCAUAAGUUAGUUCCGUGUAUUAAAUUGUAACAAAAAAGGCACGAUAUUAUGUUAACAGAUUACUUCAAAUCCAUAGUUUCAGACAGUUUUUUUUUUUUAACUGAUUAGCCUGCAGUAGAGGUACAUAUGGUAACACAACGCUCUUCUAACUGAUUAAGUGACUUAGUGUCGUGGCAACGACAGUUUCUAGUUGAAGAGUGAAGGCCCUGUUCAUCUCUACCGAUCCUUAAGCUCGUCUUUCUUCUGGAAGCCUUCGCCUGUUGAUGGGUUCCCUGGGCCUUUUAUUUCUGCUGCUUUGUCCUCUUUACCGCUCUAAUCACUUCCAUGAAGAUUUUUACAAUCCAGUCUGCAAAUUCAUGACAUAUGGUCAGUGUGUUUAGCUUUAUCUCCUCCUCCACAGUUAUAAUGAUAAGUAUGAACACAGACCUUUAUCUCACAUCCGUGUGCUGUGCCUGUUGGCUGCAGUAUGUACACUUCCUCAUUUUUUUCUUGCUUUAUUUCUUGAGGCACAGCUUUAUUGUCAAAAAUCGCCGCUUCCUGCUCUUGCUGGAGGUCUUAGCUGAACUGCGCCAGAAAAGAGUCAAGUGACAGAUACAGUGGGUGUACAGCUGCUGUUUUGGCCACUAAUUCGCCAGGUUGACCAAAGCCACAUCCAGAGCCGGGUCCACGUGGAGGCACUUUUGUGUGUCGAUCUGUCUCUACCGGAAGUGCUUCUGUCUCAUCUUCCCUACGUGAGCACGCAGCAUCAGAGUACGCCUUAGCUUUUAGUUUUUUUGGCCCUCCCUUUACAGAUCUCUCCCUUUAGAAGCAAAGGCUGCAUUUCUCGUUUCAUGGUAUUCACAUCAUCUCACAGGUUGUGGGGUCUUUCUAUUUUUGACACCGAACCCAAUUUAGAGCCGCUUUUUGUUUCCUUUUGCACGUCUCCGGCACAUGUUGGGAUGAACAGCUGCUUUCUGGGUUUCACAUAUCCAAGCUGACCACAUUCUUUAUCUUGACUUGGCACAUCUUUGUUGCUCCACAUGACCUUUCUCUGAUCUCACUGAACUCGACGUGUUUUAUUAAUGGUUCUGCAGUCACUACUUGCUUGUGUGUGAAGACUUGUCUGGAGGCCAGCCAAGGAUGUCCGGUUGAAGCAUAGCACCGGAGCGCCCUCUGGCGGUGGGCCCUUUCCUCCCACACUGCCAGUGCCAUUGCCAUCGCCAUCUCCCCAGCCCUUCUUACCUUCUUCCCAGGUAGCUUACCUCCCCUCCUCUUUCCUCCCCCGGCCCUGAAGAAUCACGUGUCUUCCUGAAAUCUCCUUUUUAAUCCUGCCCUUUGAGAACACCAUCAGUGCCUACUACUGGGUCUCUUCAGACCUUUUUUGAGCAGUCAGAGUCUUCCCUGACUCCACAAAGCCCCUUUCCUUGGCUGACCAGUUUCCAUACUGGUCCCUCACCUUCCCUGGCCAAUCCCUACCUCCUUUGCCCGCCCCUAGAUUGUCCUCCCCCCCACCAUUCAUUCAUGACCAUUCUUUACACCCACUCCCCUGCCUCCAUCUCCAAAAAGCUGACAGUUUGUGCCUCUAGAGUGUGUUGUGGCAUGAAGUGAACAGGAACAUCACUAAAGGAUCUUAUGGCCGCUUUGAAAAAAGGUGUCUUUUUCUGAGCGCAAAAUAAAUGUGUUAUUUAUAGAAAAAUUGGGAAACAAAUAUAGUAAAAUGUAAGAAAAUGCAUCAGUAUUUUGCCCCAAGAUGGUUACUUAAUAUAAUGUCUUCUUUAGGGUAUGAAUGUUUUACGUUGCUGUGAUCAUGCUCGGUAUUUUAUCAUGCAGUUUUAUAUUCUUACUCUUUUCACUAAGUAUUGCAUGUGGUUACUACAAAUUUCUGCUGAUACCUUAUGGUGGUGGUAAUAUAUCUUAUUCUGUACUUUUACCAUAAUUUACUUAACCUUCUUCUAAAUUAUUGAAAAUUUACCUUAUUUCCAAAUUUUCAGUAUUGUACGUAAUUCUGUGAUGAGCAACUUUGUGAAUAAAAUGUUUUUAUGUACAUCAAACGACUCCCUUAGGCUAGUUUUUUGGUGCCAAAUUGUCAAAAGCUUCUUGACCCCUUUUCCCACUAAAAAUAAACUAAAAAUAAAGCAAACAAAUAUACAAAUAAUUAAAAAACAUAAAACUCCAUAAUUCCCAACAAACCCCACCCAUAAUGAUAACAGGUGAAAGUGGCAUCCUGUUUUACCUUCUAACUCUUUGCUUAUUCCUGUCUUUGAACAUUGCUCUCUCUGUAAAAUUGUUGGGCAUUUGUAUUUCCAGUUGUGUGAAUUUGUCUUUCAAUUUUGGUCAUUGGUUUAACUUUUGAAAACAAUGAAACAAAUGACUCUUUUCCUGCAUGAUUUUUUCUUCUGGUAAACACAGGGAUCCUUCCAAGUCUACAGAUUUAAUAAAUAUUCAUUUUCCUCUCCUGA